UUUCAGAAAUUAUCCGGAAUUGGCGUCAGUCUUUUGGGACGAAAUGCAACUGCAUUGCAGCGUGUUAAUUAAUUCUUUCACUCUACUCACUUCUGAAAAACGACAACGAUACAGUAGAGGAAUUUUGUCACUAAGACAUGGAAAAAUCAGUAAAAUAGGCGAAUGUCAGUUAGUUAUAAUUACUCCUCGGAACAGAAAUGGACGACUCUUCAAUAUUACUAGAGGAAAUGUUAGACGAAUUCAUUCUGCAAAGAUGCAGUGGGGAUCUGUUACAAUAGAAAUGAACUCUCCGUCAGUUUUGAUUUGUAUAAAAGAGGCAUCAGUCUCUUCACUUCAUAAUUUCAUCUCAAAGUUGCAGAAGGUAUUGGCAAACGAAGAAGUUAUUCUGGAUGGGAACGUGAAAGUUACAUCCACCAGUUUUGCCUUACUUCGAAAAAGACUAAUUAUGGCCACCAGGAAACAGUACAACGAAAAUAAGCUGGGAUUUCCGCAUUAUUUGCUAGAAUUGAUAAUGUCAAAAAUUGGCCUGACUGCUGUUGACAGUCGUUGGUUUGGAGCUACUUCUCUUCGUGUACUUGAUCUUAGUGGCAAUAAGCUUGGUGCGUCAGAUUCAUUCGAAAUCAAAUUCUUAAAUAUUGUUCGAUUGCAACAUCUCAAAGUACUUGUACUUGCUGACAAUGAAAUACAGUGUAUUUCGGAUGAUUUGUGGAACGCUUUACCACAAAAUUUAUUGUCACUGGAUUUAUCGAACAAUCAUAUCUCUUACUUGUCGCCGUGUUGCAUGCGCUUUCCACAAAUGACUCGUUUAUGGCUCAGGCAUAACAGAAUUGAAGAAUUGCCACGAACCAUAAAUACUUUGAAAAAGUUAAAAUGUUUGGAUAUUAGCUGGAAUAAGUUGAAAUUCCUGCCUUCUGAAAUAAAGAAUCUAUCACUUGAGAUGAUUGAUGUGACUGCUUACAAUAGUGACGAAAAAUUAGAAGUACAAAAUAUCCUUAAUCAAUUACUUCAAACAGUCAGCCCAAUAGUUAAGGUUGGUACACUGUUCGAAUAUGCUGCUGCUACUGUUUUAAACUAUAGAAUCAGUACAAAUUCCAUACCAGAGUUAUUGCGUGUAAUGAUGGAACAAGCAGUUAAGAACUGCAAAUCCAAAUCCGGCGAAAGUUACAGAUUUUAUCCCGCUAGUAUUGUUACUGCAAAGUAUCAUAUCGAAGACGUACGAUCUCUGGCUUUUCAAGCAGUUUCACGAACUAAUUAUUAUGUGAUUUUGCAAGAUUUGGAGGUGAUAUGA